AUGACAACUGCGAACCCACAACAAAGACAGUUCACGCUGUUCCACAAGUUCAGCACCGAAGUUCGACCAUCUGAGAUGCUACGACGAGAUGAUCGAAUUCGAUCGAUGACAUGCUCAUUUGAAGAAAUUGCCGAGUCAGAGGAAGAAGACACUCAGUUCCCCGAGCGAACUUCACCCGACGGACGAUCACCAUUUGCCGUUGCGUAUGAAUUUCCUUUUACCGAACGGCGCCAAACCUCACCUCGAAGUAUAAACUCAACUUUUACGAGAAAACUUGCCGUACCACGGCUUUGUCGUGGUUUUUCGAAUCCAUGCCUACGUCAUCAAGAAGCAUCAUCUAUACUUGUAUCUUUGAGUCCAAAUCGACAUGAAGCUGGAUCGGAUUUCUCGACCCUCCCAUCAAUCCCUGAGACUGCCUCAUCGUAA